CCUCUUGAAAGAUCAAUUUCAUCGCAAUACAUUCCCUGUGCGCUACAGACGUGCCCAAUACAAGAUGGAAUCAUCACAUACCAGCCAAAUCUGGGAGGAAACGGAUUCCUCUUGGGUCUCUUUGCGCUUGUCUUAAUCGUCCAGCUCUAUCUAGGCUUCAAAUAUUGUACCUGGACCUACUCCAUUGGCGUGCGUGGUGGUCUUAUUCUUGAAGUUGUGCGCUGCGUCGUAAGACUCCAGCUGCAUGACGAUCCCUUCAACUUCAACUUUUUCAUAGAUGCUUCGAUCUACGUCUGCUUUUGCCACAUGAUUUUCAUGGGCAGUCCCGCCUUAUCUCGAAUCAAACCCAAGUUCUAUUCGACAAUCUUCAUUACGAGUGAUUUGAUCUGUCUCAUCUUGCAAGCUGCUGGGGGUGCUCUAGCAGUCACCUCUAGAGGCCCGACCCCCUCCGCAGAAAACAUGAGACAAACUGGGAUCAACGUGAUGAUUGCCGGAUGA